CCAAUACAUGGCAAGAUGACAGAUUGCUGGCUUGAAAUUGCACCUUCUCAGGAUGCAAACAAACAAGAAGCGCUCAUCACAGCACCAGAGAAAGCUCCCAUUCGAAAGCAGCCACUGUGCCAUGAAUCCCUUGAAUCAUCCAACCAGUAUUUAUUGCUCACAUGCCUGAUGAUCCUAUAGAUCGAUCUCUCUCCAUUCCAGCUUCCCUUCAUGCCUUAAAUCCACCCUCCCUCCCUGUCAAGCCAGCCACAUGUGUGGAUCCUUAGCCUUUCACCCCUCACAUCGGACUGUCAUCCAUUCUCCUGCUGUUCCUGCUCAGAGAAGGGAGAUCGGGACAUGGGCAGGAAACUAGGGUUUACCUAUCUGUUCUCUAGAAUGAGGGACGCAAAGCACGCCUCUUCUUCUGUACGUUCCGAUCCUCCCCUUCCAUGGACUUCUUGCCGGCACCCGAGAACCCGCUCCUUCAGGGAAGAGGACGGAGACGCAGAGCACGACGGCAUGAACGCUUGCUCCUUCGACCUGACCGUGUCAUGCAGCGAGAGCAUCUCCACGGCGUGGGAGGACCCCAGCAGCGACGCCGCGGAGGCGGUCAUUUGUGGGCUGAGGUCGGACCGGCUAUUCUUCGAGCCGGGAGGCGCGACGAGAUCGAUAGUGGCGGAAGAGGAAGCGGCCGACGCCGACAGCAUCCCCUUCGAGGGGAGCAUCGCCAUGGCAGUGGACUCGGAAGACCCCUACCGGGACUUCAAGCAGUCGAUGGAGGAGAUGGUGAUGGCUCACAGCGUGAAGGUCGACUGGGCGUGGCUUGAGGAGAUGCUGACCUGGUACCUGAGGGUCAAUGGAAAGAAGACUCAUGAGAUCAUAGUAGGGGCCUUCUUGGACUUGCUUUUAAGCCUCGCGCCAUCUCCUUUCUCUUCUUCCUGUUCGUCCUGCACCUUUGGGAUCGAGGAGGAGGAGAGCGUGUAAGGUGACAUACC